UGUAACUCGAGUUUACUUUGCAUAUAACCGAUGAAGAGGGCCCCAUGCUAUUGUUCACCUGGGGCCAUCAAACUGCUAAAUCCACCACUGGUUAUUACUCAUAUGUGAAAUAUGUCAAAGAAAAAAAAGAUGACAUAUAAGUCAGUGUAUUUUCUAUAAUGAACAGAAAAAGAAUGUAAAAAGAAAAAAAUGUAAAAAGAAAUUAUUUUAUACUGGAUUAUAUUGCAGCCUAUGUAUGGCAAGUGCAGACAUAAAAAUGUAAAACAAAAAUAAUAAAAUAUUGAAUUACUUUUUGAGAAACAAAAUGUUUUUCCCCUUCUCUUAAAAAAAAAAAAAAGAAAAAAAAAAGAGAGAAAAAUAAGACUUGACAGCUUAAAUGUUGUCUUUGUGGCAGCAGGUGAGCACGUGCCGUUGUGUGUUUUGGCAGCUGGCGGCGGGCGGGCUCGUGUCAGCGGGCUCGGUUGUGGGCUGGUCCCCGUCGUCAUCGCGGCUCAUGUUUAAUUCACGAGGAGGCAGCGGCCUCGGAAAAAACUGGCUGCUUCUGGUUUCCAGGCAUAAAUACAAAGCGGAGCCGGUCUGAGGGGACAAGCGGCACAAAGGAGAGCGGAACGGAACCUUGUUUGCUUUAAAACUGAAGACCAAGAGAGUCAGGUAACGGUUCCUCUCCGAGCCUUGUUUACGAUGAUGACAAACCGGGACGACGGCGCUUCGUUUAGCCGAAACCUCUGUUAUAGUGUUGUGACGUGAGCACUCCAUCGAAGAGAAGCUUGGACGGCAUGCAAAGUUGUGAAAUUUCCUCAGACAGCACUGAUGAUCCUCUUAGUAGUGGCUUACACCCUCAUCGACAGCCUCGAAUAGUAGUGAUUGGUGCCGGCUUGGCUGGCCUUGCUGCAACUAAGUUCCUACUGGAAAACGGCUUCACGGAUGUCACCGUCCUAGAGGCAUCAGACCACAUCGGUGGAAGAGUUAAGAGUGUUCAUCACGGAGGAACAACCUUGGAACUCGGUGCUACCUGGAUCCAUGGUGCCAACGGUAACCCAGUGUAUCACCUGGCAGAGGAAAAUGGACUGCUGGAGCACACCACAGACGGAGAGAGGAGCGUGGGCCGCAUCAGCCUGUACGCCAAGAACGGCGUGGCUCACUACCAGACCAACGCCGGCAGAAGGAUCCCCAAGGACCUGGUGGAGGAGUUCAGUGACCUGUACAACGAGGUGUAUGAGCUGACUCAAGAGUUCUUCCAAAAUGGGAAGCCGGUUUGUGCUGAGAGCCAGAACAGUGUUGGCGUUUUUACUCGAGAUGUGGUGCGCAAGAAGAUCAUGGUGGAUCCGGAUGACUCUGAGAUUAUCAAGAAGCUCAAACUGUCAAUGCUGCAACAGUACCUCAAGGUGGAAAGCUGUGAAAGUAGCUCUCCCAGCAUGGAUGAAGUAUCUCUGAGUGAGUUUGGAGAGUGGACAGAGAUCCCCGGUGCACAUUACGUCAUUCCUGAAGGUUUCAUGAAGAUCGUGGAGCUCCUGGCCCAAGACAUCCCAUCCCACACCAUCUGUCUUGGCAAACCAGUGCGCCACAUUCACUGGAACUACUCAGCCCAGCAUCAGGAGGUCAUCGCCAAGAACAGCGACAACAACCACAACGAUAACAACUACGGCGGCCAGUCUCGUGAGGAGCCCUUCAGCUUGGGCCGUCCUGUUUGCGUGGAGUGCGAGGAUGAGGAGUGGAUCACGGCUGACCACGUGAUCGUAACCGCAUCCCUCGGCGUGCUGAAGCAGAACCACGAGGCCAUGUUCUCGCCAUCUCUUCCCGAGGACAAAGUGCUCGCCAUCGAGAGGCUGGGCAUCAGCACCACCAACAAGAUAUUCUUAGAGUUCGAAGAGCCCUUCUGGAGUCCAGAAUGCAACAGCAUCCAGUUUGUGUGGGAGGAUGAAGCUCAGCUUGAGCAGCUGGCGUACCCCGAGGAGCUGUGGUACAAAAAGAUCUGCAGCUUUGAUGUCCUCUACCCACCUGAGCGCUACGGCUAUAUGCUGAGUGGCUGGAUCUGUGGGCAGGAGGCGCUGUACAUGGAGCGCUGCGAUGAUGAAACCGUGGCUGAGAUCUGCACUGACCUGCUGAGGCGCUUUACAGGGAACCCUGACAUUCCAAAGCCCCGGCACGUCCUGCGUUCGUCAUGGGGCAGUAACCCGUACAUCCAAGGCUCCUACUCCUUCACCAGGGUGGGGUCCAGUGGUGCCGACUGUGAGAGGCUGUCAAUGCCGCUGCCUUAUGCCAACAGCACCAAGGCUCCUCCCCUGCAGGUCCUGUUUGCUGGAGAGGCCACUCAUAGAAAAUACUAUUCCACAACACACGGUGCUUUGCUAUCAGGACAGAGAGAGGCCACUCGACUGAUGGACAUGUACCAGGACUUGCACAAAGCCGAAACCACAACGCCUAACAUAUGACAUAGAACCUAAAACCUCUGACCUGUGAAAAGAUUAAAACAUGGAGCUAAUGCUUUCUGUCAUGAUGAUUAAUUUAUACCUAAGUAAAACAGCCUUUAUUAUUAU